UUAUUUAACAUUCUAUUAAAUAAAAUUAUUUAGAUUUGAGUUAAAAAAUGUUGUUUGAAGAAAAGAGGGUAAAGUAUUCUUAUUUUGAUUUUCUUUUGGAUAAAUCUGGUAAAGUGCUGAGGGCAUAUCUUGAAGAUAAAGAUAAAGAUCCUGCUCCAUUGGAUUUGUGUAAGUUAUUCAUUGAAAAAAGUUUGGCAGUAGCAACAUCAGCCUCUCUUGCACAAGGGGCUACAGAAGAUGCACUUAAGGUGUAUGAAACACAAAGAAUUUGGCAACCGUUGUGUAUUGCUAUGACUAUUGUAUCACAUUUGAAAUGGGAUCUUGACAUAAUUCAGAAAAGUAUUCCUCUGAAUCUCCAGCAGAUUUUAAUGGAAGAACUACUUAAAGGAUAUUCAAUUUUACAAACUCCCAAACCAGAGGACUUUGAUAUAAACAAAUUUGAUAAAUCUACUGCAAUGGUUCAUAUUAUUUACAAUCGAUGGGUUGUUAGAACAAUAACAAAAUAUGAAGAAAUGAAAGAAAGAGAUGUUUUGCAAAACAAUAUAUCGAUGUCAGUUAAAGAAAUUAAAGAGAAUCAAGAAGAACAAAUAUUUCAAAAAAUAAAAGAAUACAGAAAUCUUUCAUUGGAUAUUUUGGAGAAGGCCAUUUUGCUUGAUCAUGAUAUUGAAGUUCCUUUACCAAAACCACAACUAGUUUUACCAGACAAUAAUAUCGAUAACCCUAGCAACAACCCUAAUGAUAAAAAUCAAGAAAGUAAUGUUCUGCCAUCUGCAACAUAUGUUGUUUCUGUUUCAAAGAUUGUGUUAGAGGUUUCUUAUGAUCUAGGCUGUUAUUAUUUUCCAAAAGAAUUAUACAAUGAUGCAUGGAGACAUUUUCAUAAAGCAUUUCACCUUAUUGAAGAAGGUGGGGAAAGUUUGAAGUCACAUAUUGACUUUGAAAAGUUAUCUGGUUAUUAUCAAGCAUGUUCAAGUCUUGUAGACAAAAAGGUUACAAAAGGCAAUAACCUUUUAAUGCGAUUAGAAGAGUCUGCUAAUUCUGCAUUUACUGGAAUUACUGCAAUACUUAUGGAGGAUAAUAUUUUAAAAGAAAUUCCUUUUACACAGCGACAAAGUGUUGAAACAAAGUUGUAUCUGCUAAAUAUGGCCGAUACAUUGCAUAGUGUUUGUACAUUAAACUUUAUUAGAGCUUGUCUGGAUGGCUUGAUAAUAUCAGAAAGUUUUUUACUUUCCCUUAGUUCAAUGACAAAGUCUGAAGUUAAACUUUUUAUUGAAUUGUGCUGUAAAUGCUAUUCAAAGUUACGAUGUGAAUCAACUAAAGAACGCUUGGUUGAUGGAAUAAGGCUAGCCUUGCAGUUUUUUACUGAAGAGCAGAGAAUAGAUUGUCAAGGAAAUUAUGAUUUUGAGUUCAUCUUUGAUCAUGAUAAUGAAAAUUUAAUAUCCUCACCAAAAAAAACCAAAUUUGAUUUAGCUGAUUUAACUAAAAUGGCAGUUUCUAAAGAAGAAAAUUUACUUGGAGAGGUUGAAAUUGAUGACCGUAACAGUUCUUUGGCCCACUUAAAAGCAAAGUUGAUAGCAUGUUUUGACCCUGAGUCAAUAAAAGAUAUUCUAUUCACUCUGCAUAAGUUUUCUCCAGAAGAAUCACAUGCAGUAGGUUAUGAGUGUUCUAUAUAUGAAGAAAUAUUUGUAGAUGUGCAGGAUUUGUUAAUGCAAGAUACUGUUCACAUAUGUGUUUCAAAAGCAAAGCAGUUAUGUACAUUGAAGGAUUUCAGAGAAGCUUUGUCUAUUUUGAAUGUAUGCGUAGACACUUUGGUAUCUUAUGGAAAUAGAGUAAGUUCUGGAUGUUCAAUUUCACGUGUAAAAAACGUUUUGCAUCAUGAGUUAUUGUGGAUCGAACUUAAAUUUGCAGAGCAUGAUCCUGACAGUGCUAAGCCACAAGAGGCAUUGAGGCGUUGCAAAUCUUGCAUUCAACAUCGUACACAAGACCCCUCACCACGAUCACAUAUAUUUGAAGCAAUUGUUUUAUUCUUAAUCAACCACAAAGACUAUGAAUUUCUCAUAAAUUUGGGAGCAACGUCAGAUGUGAAAUCGGUUGAUUACAUUCAACUUGGUUUUAAUCUCUCAUCUGUAGUUUGUGGCCUUCAAAGAGGGUUAGAAGUUUUAAGAAAUGCUGCUAAAAGUCUGUGGGAAGCUGUUUUAAAUAUUAUUUUGGAUGGCGUUAUUAAAAAGCCAAUUGAUGGAAAGGGAGAAUGGAACUAUCAACAAUGUUACAUUAAUAAAGAUGAUUUGUUAUCUUUCAUCCAUCAAGUUAAAGAUGACACUAUAUUAUCACUGUUACUUUCAUGUGUAUCUUCAAUUCUUUGCUCAUCUAAAGCAGAUGGAGAAUUACUGUUAAAAGAUUCUUACACUUACCUAUGGCCAACUGGUCUUGUUGGUAAGAUUCCAAUCACUCCUUCAAAAGUAUUGCCUAUUUUAAAGUCACUUUGUGAUUGUUGCUUAAAGCGAAAUCCACGAAAUAUCACAUGGCUGAGAGUAAUGGCUGAUGUAUAUCUAGAUGAAGGAAAUUAUAAAAAUGCUAUGAAAUGUUAUCUUGAGCUUGGUUCUAUUGCAACAUCAUUUUUUAGUCGGUCAGUUCAUUCAAGUGUUUGGGAUGACAAGGUAUACAAAGGCAUGAUCAAAUGUUGUCAAGAACAAAAGUCAUAUACUCAGGUUAUCAUUUUAUGUCAGUUCACAGAUCCUGUGGAUUAUAACACUGCUUUUAAAGCUGCUCAAGAGAGACUUAGUGAUGAUGGAUCCGAUUGUUUUUAUGACUGUCUGUGGGAUGUAAAUAUUAUAGAAUAUUUAAUCUUUUGUCAUGCUAAAAGAGGAGAAGUAGAAAAACGAAAGCUUGCAGUGAAAAUUCUUGGUCAACCAGAGUUAAAUAACCGGGACAGUUCGCAAAUACAUGAUUUGUCAGCAGAAGUACGAAAAACAAAGUUCUUACGCUCAUUAGCCAAAAUUUAUUGGAUUUGAUUCUUUCCUUGGAAUAUCCAACAGCGUAAAAGAAAUGAAUGGCUUUGAAUUGAAAUGAAUGGCUUUUAAAUUACAGUCAACAGCUUAAAUCUUCAGGAAGUUAUUAUGCAAGCAAACAGAAGGGCAUUUUUUCAAGAGACUUUAAGAAAUGAUCUUGUUUUUAAACUCAUCAUUAUAAUGAGUUACCCUAUAGUUUACUAAUGGCCAAGGAGAGUUGUUGCUGAAGGUUGUUUAUAAAACCUAUGAAAAUAAUUUGUCAUGAAAAAGAUUUGAUUUUUAGAAAGAAAAAAAAGUUGACAGAAAACUUGAA